CUUUUCGAAGAUACCAACUUGGCUGCUAUCCAUGCCAAGCGUGUCACCAUCCAGCCCAAGGACAUCCAUUUGGCUCGCCGUCUCCGUGGAGAGCGCACCUAAAUGGUCUCAUGCUUUUUAGUUUUUCUCUUUUCAAUUGUCUUUAUAAUCCCAUUCUCUGUAACAUUAAUCCUCCACCACUGUAGUCUUUUUUCUUUUUGUUGUGGAUGUGUUAUUGCUUGUACAAAGCUGAAGACAUGUUCGGCAGAAAUUAUAACACGAAAAAUAAAGCAUAGCAUUCAUUCACCCCAACAGCGAUUGCAUUGCCGCUAUGUCAGUUAAAAGGAAAGGCAAGGAGA